CGACCUGAGCAACAACCAGAUCACGACCAUCGCAGGAGACGCCUUCCAGGGCCUCAAGUCUCUGGCUUCACUGGUGCUGUACGGCAACAAGAUCACCGAGUUGGCGGCGGGCGUGUUCAGCGGCCUCACCUCGCUGCAGCUGCUACUGCUGAACGCCAACAGGAUUUCGUGCCUGAGGAGGGAUGUAUUCACCGACCUGCGCAGCCUCAACCUCCUGUCGCUCUACGACAACAACAUCAAGACCAUCCAGAACGGCACCUUCGACACCCUCAGCAGCAUCCAGACCUUGCACCUUGGUCGCAACCCGUUCGUGUGCGACUGCAGCCUGCAGUGGCUGUCCGACUACCUGGAGUUGCACCCGAUCGAAACCUCCGGCGCCAGGUGCGAGAACCCGCGGCGCCUGCAGAAGAGGAAGCUCAACGCCCUCAGGGACGAACGACUCAAGUGCACGGACGAGACGGUUUCCCUGUACGCCGGCGAGUGCGUGACCGCCGAGGAGUGCCCCCGAGGCUGCACCUGCCGCGCCACCACCGUGGACUGCACCGCGGGGGGCCUCACGCGCUUCCCCGAGACCCUGCCGCCCUACACCACCGACCUGUGGCUGUCCGACAACGAGAUCCGUGAGAUCGGCAGUUCGGGCGUCCUGCGCGAGCUGUCGCGCCUGCGCCGCCUCGUGCUGUCCAACAACCACCUGCGCCGCAUCACGCAGGGCUCCUUCCAGGGCAUCCAGUCGCUCCAGGAACUGGAUCUGUCAGACAAUGACCUGUCAGAGAUCAACAGCCGGAUGUUCGACGGCAUCCCUCAGCUGACAGCCUUGUCGCUGGCCAACAACAAGGUGACAUGCAUCUCCCCGGGCGCAUUCAGCCAGCUGCCGGCGCUCACCGAAAUCAACCUGGAGGGCAACCCGCUGCGCUGCAACUGCCACAUGGGCUGGCUGGCCGAGUGGCUGCGGGGCCAGCGGUCCACGAGCGGCGUCCCCCGGUGCCACACGCCGCACCGCCUGCGCGACGUGCCCAUCACGGAGGUCCCGAGCUCGGAGUUCGCCUGCGAAGGCGACGAGACAGGCUGCCUUGGCGUGGAGGAGCGCUGCCCCGCCGACUGCCGCUGCGAGGGCACUGUGGUGCGCUGCUCCAGGGCCAAGCUUCGCGAGAUUCCGCUCGGAAUUCCGUCGCACACAACCGAACUGUACUUGGAUGUAAACGAGAUAACAGAAAUUGAUGCUGAGCGCCUUUCUCAUCUGACUGCCCUGACAAGAUUAGACCUGAGUAACAACCAGAUUGCAGUAUUACAAAACAACACCUUUUCCAGUCUCCACCAGCUCUCUACACUUAUUGUGAGUUACAACAAGUUGCAAUGUAUGCAGAGGGACUCACUUGCAGGCUUGCGAAAACUUCGCAUUCUGUCAAUUCAUGGCAAUGAUAUAUCAAGGAUACCAGAUGGAGCUUUCCGGGACCUGGAUUAUAUCACACACAUAGCAAUGGGAGCAAACCCUCUGUACUGUGACUGCUCACUGGCAUGGUUCUCUAACUGGGUGAAAGGAGAUUAUGUGGAACCUGGAACUGCUCGAUGUGCUGAGCCACAAGCCAUGAGGGAUAAGCUGAUUCUUACCACACCUACUCAGGCCUUCCACUGUUCACAGAAAGUUCCAGACGAGGUUCUUGCCAAGUGUGAUUUAUGUUACACUCAUCCUUGUGAGAAUGAAGGAGUAUGUCAACCACUCCCUAACCGCAGCUACAAGUGUAUUUGUCCUCCUGCUUAUCAUGGUCCAAAUUGUCAAUACAAAAUUGAUGCUUGCUAUGGCAAUCCAUGCAAGAAUAUGGGAACAUGCAAAGUUCUUGAAGCUGGAAGGUUUAGCUGCCAUUGCCCACCAGGCUUUGAAGGGGAUCGGUGUGAAAUUAACAUUGAUGACUGCGUAGAAAAUAAGUGUGAGAACAAUGCUACUUGUGUCGAUCUUGUUGAAGAAUACAAGUGCCAGUGUAACCCUGGUUACACAGGUGAUUACUGUGAACGCAAGAUACCAUUCUGCAGCAGAGAGUUCAACCCAUGUAAAAAUGGUGCCACUUGUGUGGAUCACUUCACCCACUAUGAGUGUCAGUGCCCUCUUGGCUUUGCUGGUGAUAACUGCACAGAAAAUGUUGAUGACUGUGCCAACCAUUUGUGCCAGAAUGGAGCAUCAUGUGUUGAUGGUGUGAAUGAAUACACUUGCAAGUGUAUUAAUGAACAUACUGGCAAGUUUUGUGAAGUGGGUCCAGCAGUGUUCCUUCAGACAUCUCCAUGUCAGCAAAAUGACUGUCAAAAUGGGAUAUGUUUUGUUCCUCCCAACUCCAAGGAUUAUGUGUGCAAAUGUUCGCCUGGAUUUUCAGGAAAGCAUUGUGAAUACUUGACACGUGUACAUUUUGGAAACAACAACUCCUUCAUUGCCUUGGAUCCAUUGAAGACACGGCCCUCCUCCAAUGUCACAUUGCAUUUCCGAACAAACCGCGAGGAUGGAGUGAUCCUUUACACUGGGGAAUCCGCUCAUCUAGCUGUGGAGUUGUUCAAAGGCAGAAUCAGAGUUUCCUAUGAUGUUGGCAACUAUCCAGUCUCUAACAUGUUUAGUUAUGAAGUAGUGAAUGAUGGAAACUGGCACAGUAUUGAACUCAUCACAGUGAAGCAAAACUUCACAAUGCGCAUUGACCGAGGUACUGCUCGUUCCAUUGUCAAUGAUGGAGUGAAUGAAUACCUCCAGCUGUCUGCACCGCUUUUCAUUGGUGGUCUCCCCAAAGAAGCAGCUGAAUCGGCAAAUAAACGAUGGCAUCUUCGUGACACAGGGAGUUUCAGCGGGUGCAUGGAACGGCUUUAUGUGAAUGGCCGACUGACUGAUCUUGGAUCUGGCCAGCAACACAAGGUAGCUCCAGGUUGUGGUGGUGAGGAAACUGUCAGAGAUCAAGGUCUCAAUGGACUUGGAGUGGUACAUGUUGAGACUACCACCCUUGCAAGUGCAAAACACAGUGGCCGGCGCCGCAACAAUGCUGUCAAUAAUGAAGUACAGAUCCUUCCACCAGCAGUUGAAGAAGCUCAGAAAGAAGCAGAGGACAUAGCUUUGGCAGAUGCUUGUGAGAAUCACAAGUGCCGCCGUGGACGAUGCAAGCCAAAGCGUAAUUCAGAUGGCCAGGAUUAUUACUGUCGUUGUCGAACUGGAUAUUCUGGCAGGUUCUGUGAUCAAGCUCCAUCAUGUCGCAAGGAACAGUUUACAGAGUACUAUGUAGAAAAUGGGUGCCGUUCAAGAAAACCCAUUAAGAAUGCCAUAUGCAGUGGAACAUGUGGCACUCACUGCUGCAAACCACGCAAAACUAAGCAACGCAAGGUUCGACUUAUUUGUAAUGAUGGAACAUCCUAUACAAAGGAGAUUGAGAUCAUCAGGAAAUGUCGUUGCUCCAGACGGUGUUACUAAAGAAGAAAACCAAUGUGCAAGUUUUAGAAAAGACACUACUAAAAGAGCAAUAGAGUGCUAUAUAUGUGGCUUGUUUGAUAUCGGACUAAGUGAAAUAUAGUUUGAGGGAGGCAAACAUGUUCACAUACAUGUUGAGAAAGUAUUAAAAAGGGUGUCUGCAUCAACCAGUGAAGGACAGUAGAUUAAUGGUCUUUAUCCAGAUAUGUGUAACUGGAGCUGAUGAACUGGCACCCAGGGUUGAAACUUAUAUGUAAUCAUAUUAUUGUAAGAUUCUAUUAGAAUAACUGUUGAAGCCAACAAGUUACCUCCUACAUGUCCUGUACCCAUGGACCAAACCAGUGACUUUGCAUUUUCUUUGCCCAAUUUCACAAAUGUAUUAUAGACAUAGAUAAUUCUGGUAAUUUUGUGCAGAGAUAUAAUACUAUAAUGUGUCAGAUUAGAAUUGGUUAUCAACAGGUAUCCCUAAGAUAGUAUAUAUAUCUUUGUCUUAAGUGGUCAGUUUAGAAACAGGCUGUUACAGUAAUUGUGUUUUGAUUGCCAAAGGACUGGCAUAAAAUACUAGAGGCAGCCAAAGUAUGAAUCAUUCUGUAAACAUAGAAUGGAACAUCUUCAGAGACUUUAUGUUUUAAUGAGCAGAGGGAGGACAGUAAUAUUCACUGAAAUAGAGAGAAAUAAAUUGUGCAGUUUGACUUUGUAAUAGUUCAGCUUUAUCCAAAAAGGUCACAUUUGCCAUUUUAUAAUGAAAAGGCAUGUAAUAGACAUUUCAGAGUGUACAUAUAUGUAUGUAAGUGUAUAUAUGUGUGCUGCUGUAUAUGUAUAUACAUACAUACAUAUACACACACAUAUAUAUGUAUGUGUGUGUUUAUAUAUAUAUAUAUGUCAGUGGGUGCGU